AUGGCACCAGUCAGGAUAAACCAGUCAGAUAUAAACCAGUCAGAUAUAAACCAGUCAGAUAUAAAACCAGUCAGUAUGGAAACCAGUCAGAUAUAACCAGUCAGAUAUAAACCAGUCAGAUAUAACCAGUCAGUAUGGCACCAGUCAGAUAUAAACCAGUCAGAGAUAAACCAGUCAGAUAUAAACCAGUCAGAUAUAAACCAGUCAGAUAUAAACCAGUAUAAACAGUCAGAUAUAAACCAGUCAGAUAUAAACCAGUCAGAUAUAACCAGUCAGAUAUAA